UCCUUUCCCUUCCUCUUCUCCCCCUCCACCCGCGUCAGUCUCUCCUUCACUGCCCGUUGCCAUUCUUCCUCCCCCAUUCGUGUCUGGCCACCAGGGACGCUCGUUUACCUUCAGCGUUUCCGGCAUUUGGCCACCCUUCUCCCUCCAACUAACAUACUGUCCUUUUUAUCCCUUCCUUCUGGUCGCUUGUUCCGCGAUAUCUUCAUAUACUCAUAUACUCCCUUUUCUUGACAGACCCCUCCGGCUAGGCUUCUCCUACGUUUCUUUGCCUCGACCCCUGUGUAUUCCAAGCCUCGCCGUUUGUUUUAACGAUGCCUCAAUCACUCCGCAACCAGCCUUCUUUCAAUCGACCAAGGACUUCUGACCGUCCUGGUACCCGGGAUGCGAAUGAUAAUCCGCUACCUAUCCCUAGCAGGACUUCGUCUCUGCAUAGUCGCAUCACCCAACCAAUUCCCUCCACCUUGAACAUGAAGAUGCAACAGAGGACUCCAAAGACCCUCACGCAUGCUUAUCUUGUUUGUGGGGUGGGUCGAGAGCCCUCUCAGUGGGUUAAGGCUCCGUCUCCAGCCCAAGGGAAGAUCACCCAUAUUAAGGGUGCUGUCAACCAGUUCUGGCUUCCCGAGAUUCUGGGAAGCAGUCCUCGAUUGGAGCAGGAUAAUGAUAUUGCCCGCGCUCUUCACGCGGCUAUGCGGGUAAGCUUUGCGGGAGAAGCGUGAACAAGAGGUUGUGUCGAAAUGUUUUGGCUGACAUUUUUGUGCCAGGCUUGCUUCCCUCAUGAUGUGGAGAUAUGCACGGGGCGGACGCAACCACACUGUGUGCACCAUACGUUUGUUUUGCAACAGGAUUCAUCCCAAACGCUUUACGGAAUCGCGCUUCGGGUUUGGUCCAGGGCAGACGAGAAGCGUGCCGAGACAAUUCGCGACCUCCGGAAGAGGAAUGAACCGGACUACUACGACACUCCUGACGAGACCUACUGGAUUCCUUAUGCUCUGAGUUUCUUGUCUAGAUAUCCAUUGUUCAAUCUUCUCGGGGACUAUUUGCGGGGAAUGUGGAUUCACUGGAACAAAGCUACUAAUCUGUUCCAUGCCGAGUAAGUUGUCAUUAUAACUGAUUCAUUGUAUGCCCACAUCCUGAUGGCAACAUGCAGGGAGGUUUCACGAAUCCUGAGUUUUCCGGCUCCUCGCCUUAACGAUCUGGUCCGGAUUGAUAUGAAGGAUUAUGCUCUCUGUUAUCAAUUCCCUUCUUCGCCAACCGGAUUUCAAAAUGUAAGGGUCCUUUCCACGCAUUUUUAAGGGUCAAGUCAAAGUUAAAUAAAUGCAACAGUUUUCAAUGUGGCCUCUUUUCAGCUGUUUGUCAAUUCCUAAUAUCAUUGGUGUAAUUGGGGCUGCGCUUUCACCAACGCGCCGUGUGAUUUUUGUUAGCCACUACCCGGCCAUGCUCACUGUCGCAGCGGAGACCAUUCGCUUUUGCGUUCGGGUUUACGAGUGGAGUGGACUAUAUGUUCCGGUCGUUCAUGCACGUCAUGCAAAGGCCUUGGUUACCGAGCCCGGCCCAUAUAUCUUAGGAUUCACUGCCGAAUGUCGAAGCCUUUUCACAGCUCCAAGUGAUGUAAGUGUCGAUAUUGUUUUGAUUGUUUAGAAUUGUGCUAAGAUGAAUGUAGGCCCUGGUUGUGGAUUUGGACAGAAAUUUUGUUAUGACAUCCUCUCCACCAACAGCUCUUUCUGUUGGGCAGCGCAAUAAGCUUAUCUCGCGCUUGACACAGGCCCUUCGUGGUGAGGUUCCGAUCAGUGGUGUACCAACCCAUCUUCGAUCGGCAUAUGCAGGAGGUAAGCUUGUGCCCGCCGGUCAAAUUAUCGUGAUGCGUGGAGAGGUGGAGAGCAUUCAAGAUCCAGAAUGGUGGGAUCAGGAUAGUGUUAUGUCUGUCCUCGAUCGUGUGUGCGAGAAGAUGGGAUGCAACACCGGUCUCAAGGCUAUUUUCGGGGGAUCUGUAAAGAAGCCUCUGAUGACCAAGGUUUCCAUGCGUCAUCUUAACGAGAUUGUCCGGGAGAGGAACCAGUAUUCUCGUGAUGCCAUGGAGGCAUGGCAAGAUUUCAUCAAUCUCAAGGGGCGUAUGGAUACCGAGCUCCAGAAGGUCACCAAGAGGAACAACUUCCUACUGGAGGAAGUUGAGAGCUGGAAGCAACAAGUAUGUAUUCUUGAUAUUUCCCCCCCCUCGUAUGCUUUGCUGACGUAUAAUAGUUUGAGAAAUUCCAAGCGUUCGCCGCACAACUUACAAAGGAAGCUCAGGAGCUCAAGGCCAAGAUUGAGAUGCAUAAGAAGGAGAACCGUAGGCUUGCGAACCUCAUCGACCAACAAAAGGCCGAUUCCGCUAGUCUUUCCAUGCGCUUGGCCGGAACCGAGAAGCAACGUGAUGACGCCCUCGAGGCAUUGGUCAUGCAACAGGAAAUCGCGGAAGAGUUAGAGCGUGAGAGGAAGCGGAACAAAAAACAUCUAUCCGCCUUGCAGGAGACCAACGAGACCAUUCUUCGGCAGCGGGACGAGGCUCAGCGUGUGGUUAUUCAUCUCCGUGCUCUUAUCGACGGUCAGGCACAUCAUAUGGAGCAUAUUGUACGCUCGCUCAACGAUGCACCGGAGGUUCAAGGAUAUAUCGAAGAAGGCUAUCCCUCGGAGGAUGAUGUUGAUAGGGGUCAGGCAACAGUAAGGCCCACUCCAUUAGCUUCCAGGCGCUCUUCUCGCGCGUCCUCCAGGGCUGCAUCCCGCGCAAGUACAGUUGAUGCUAGGGGACUGGAUGUCGAGGAUGUGAAUCCCGACAUGGAGAGGCGUUUUUUCAAUAGUCCAUUAUCCAUGAAACGAUUUUCUCAGAAUAGCGUCGCUGAUGUUGCGGAUCGUCAUUUGCGUGACAAGACUGAUGCGAUUGCGGACAUCAUCCGUAACAUCUCGGAACAGUGCGCUGCCGCCGUUGAGGGCCUUCACCUAGCUCAAGUCGCAGCUCACGAACACCCCAAUUCGGAUGAGGAUGAGGAUGGGGAGGAGGAGGAGGAGGAGGAGAACGAAAACGAGAACGAAGGCGGGGAGACAGCAUCGGGUACCCAUGAACGAGAAAUUCAUGACGAUGCUAGCCUCCUCAGCCCCAACGAUGCACUGUCAUCCAUACCCCCUACUCCUGACCUCGUCCAUCAUCGCUCUUCGACUGCCAUGUCGAUGGCAUCUACACAGUCUCCCGAGCGUCUAUCAAUACAAUACCAGGAUAUCGACGUUCCCACCAAAAUUGCUGAGGCGGACGACACUGGGUUAGGUAGCGAUGACGGUGUGUCUCACCAUAUCUCACUCGAGGGUGUUCAAAAGGAAAGCCCCAUCAAGAACACUGAAGGUAUCAUCAAUCGUGCCCAGGCCAGAGUUUCGGCUUUCGGAACCGGAUAGAUAUGUGUUUCUUUCUUUUUCUUUCUUUUCUUUUUUUACGAGCAUGCGAGGAGUAGUGGUGUACAAGUUGACCGCGACUCCCAUGGUGUGGCAUAAAUUAAAGGGGCUUACGCUUUUUCAUUGUUUCUUCUCUUUUUGUUCGAGCAUUUUUUUCUUCAUUUUUCUUGCCAGUGACACGGGUUCGUGGGUGGGAUUUGCUGUAUGGUUCAGUCCAGGGCUUGACAGAUGAGGGUUGUUCGGAGUAGUCUUGUAGUGGCUGUCUUUUUCUUUCCGGCUUUUCUCCUUUCUUCACAGGUGUUUCUCUUCUCAUCUUUACAUAUAUACCCUUUUCCACUUGUAAUUUGCGUCUCGAGCUUAUAAAUUUCUCUCCCUCCCCCCACUUAUCAUCCACCACAGCGUGCAGGCAGAAUCCGGAGCUUUCGUUUCUUCAGCCAUCAAAGCCCCUGCCCCAUUCGUUCUAUCCUUGUAUCCAUCUGUCUACGAUGGUCACCGGCCUGUGUGUAGUAAACCCGUUGAAACUCUUGUAUUGUAAGGUCAUCAUAGUUUUCCUCUUUACCCUUCUCCCACUUUUUUUUCAUAUUUUACAUUUUUUUUAUUUCUUUCAUGUCGACGAAAAAGCCCUUCCGAUUUCUUUUUCCUCUCUUCUAUCCAUCCAUCCAUCCACCCACCCAACUGUGGGUGCACCCGACUAUCUGUCUAUUUUUCUCUUUUAUAUUAUACUCGUAUCGUCUCAUCAUACACUUUUUCUUUCCCAGCUACGUGGUGCAUAGUAGUUUUCGUUGAGCGUGUCUGCGUGUGUGGUGUACAGUCACUUUACUGUAGUAAGAAUCUCAAGAUGAUCAUGUCAAGGUUUGGGUUUGCAUUCCUUGGUAUCUGCACGUGAAGGUGGGGUUUAUCGGUCAGGGGGAGGUAUUACAGUUGGGUCAGCCUGAUCUGAUUGGCUCUGCCCCCUUGAUCCGCGGGGCGGUAGUUGCUCGAAGAACCCGGCUGACUGCAGGUUUAAACCAGGGCAGCUCGCUAUCAUAAGAGAGCGGAUGUGCGUGUGAGGGGUGGGGUAGUGGGAUAGCGAAAGGAGAGAGUCGUGUAAGGGGAGGGGGGAAGGUUAAGGAGUCGUAGUACGAGAGUGGCGGGAGUGACAAAGCAAUGCCGGCACCGGUACUCUACAGCAACCACGAGUACAGUAACUCGUACCAGUACCUGUACAGUGCUGGUACAUACUCGAGUAUACAUAUGGGUUACCGGUAUCUAUGUAGGAAGCAUGGUGAGAAGGGAGGAGGUGUAAAUUUAUGUAGAAUCUCGAGGAAGGACAAUGCAAGAGCACCACGCUACAGGUAAGGUACGGUAGAGCAUAAGUAGAA